AUGUCUCAGGAUAACUAUGAUCCUAACGCUGCCACUAGGACGCUACCAGCCCGUCCAUACAAAGGACAAAGACGUCGACUUGAACGACAACAAAAUCUUCCACCUGGAUAUGGAGAGGAUCAUGAUUCUGGACAUGGCAUUGGGGAGCGUAUAGUAUCUCGAGAUGAUCUAGAUGAUCGUAGACAUGGUCGUAAAGAUGAACGUGGGGAUGGCCGUCACAAUGGAGAUAAAGAUCAUCGACUUUCUGAAUCUACCCCUAAGAAGGCUCGAGAUAAUCACAACGAUCUUCAAGGCACACAUCGAAUGAGAAAUGUAGAUGAUUAUCUACCUGAAGUUAUUGAAGCUCCUCGACCACAUCGUCGAGAUAGAGAUAAAGGUCAAGGAAAUGGACCUAAACGUCAGCGUACACAUCCAAACAAAUAUGAAGAUGAAGAUGAUCAUUUUAGCUUUAUCGCUAAGAAACCUGAAGCCCCUCAAGAACCUCGUCGAGAUAGAGAUAAAGCUCAAAGAGAGCGGCAUAAACGUCACAAAGAAGAAGAUGGUAGUCAUGGCCGUUCUGAUCAUUACGCCAAGGAGGCUCUAGUCCCUCAAGAUCGUCGACUUCAUCGUCGUCGAGAUGGAAAUGAAGGUGACAGAGAUGAUCAUGGCUCUGAAUAUGACGCUAGGGAGCCUAUGGCAUCUCAAAAUUAUCGAGGUCACACUAAAUAUAGAGAUGACCAUGCAGAUGAAGUUCAACCUGAACGUUCAAAACAUCAUCCAUCGGGUCGUCACUCUCAACGUGAAAAUGACUCUAAAAACAAAGAUGGAGGAUAUGGUCGACCUGGACCGAUAAAUGAGCCUCAAAAUUUAUUUGGACGUGGUCAUACAGAUAAACCUCGAGAACCUCGUAGUCGUAGACGCUCUCCUUUAAGAACCGAUCGCGGCUUUCCUGAUAGUAAAAGACCCGUAAACCCUCAUAAUAUUAAGGGAUCACUUCCUCCAAGCCGCCGUGUCCCGGCUCCUUCUCCUCCGCCAUUGCUCCCGCCUGACCUUGAGCCAUAUCCGGAGAUUACACGAGAGAGAGAGGAUAGUGAUUUAAGGGCAUAUAACAAGCAAAACAUGGAUGCACGGAGAUUCAAAGAAGAAAAACGAAAGAUGGAUUUAAAGCAUGAAAGGACACAUAAUGCCAAUGAUGAAAAAGUGAUUAGAUACAUAGAUGGUACGCAAAGACAAUCGAAAAAGAAGUAA